UGCUCGGAAUUGGCAACGUAAAAUUAGAGCACUUUUGUUGAUGUUGAAAAAUGGCAGGCGCUGCAGCAGUGUUAAACGGUAGAGAUGUUUUGGCUCAUCAUGGAAGCCCCAAUGUUGACAUUGUCAAACAAUUUGUUUUUCCGAAAGAUGUUCAGCCAGAUGAGGAAGUUAUACGUGUCAAAGAGCAAAGUUUGUUGGAUUAUGCCAAGGCACUGGCUAAUUCUGGAAAAGCUAAAGAGUUGGCUACACUGAUUAAAGGUACAAGACCUUUUCUUGGCUUAGUCAGCAAAGCAAAAGCUACAAAGCUUGUUAGGACAUUAGUUGAUUUAUUCUUGGAUAUGGAAGCAUCUACUGGUUUAGAAGUUGAACUGUGCUUGGAAUGUAUUGAGUGGGCUAAGCAGGAAAAAAGGAAUUACUUGAGACAAGCUCUAGAAGCUAGACUUAUUUCAUUAUAUUAUGAUACUGGAAAAUAUACAGAAGCACUGAGUUUAGGUGGUGUUCUACUAAAGGAACUAAAAAAGUUGGAUGACAAAAAUCUUUUAGUUGAAGUUCAAUUAUUAGAAAGUAAAGUGUAUCAUUGUUUGACUAAUUUUCCAAGAGCAAGAGCUGCUCUAACUGCUGCCAGGACAACAGCUAAUGGUAUUUAUUGUCCUCCCAAACUUCAGGCAGCACUUGAUUUGCAAUCAGGAAUUCUGCAUGCUGCUGAUGAAAAAGACUUCAAAACGGCUUUCUCGUACUUUUUUGAAGCAUUUGAAGGAUAUGAAUCAGUUGAUGAUGCAAAAGCAGUUGUUUCUUUAAAAUAUAUGCUGUUAUCAAAAAUUAUGCUUGGAGAUUCUGAUGAUGUUCUUUCAUUAACAAUGGGUAAAUUGGCAUUGAAGUAUGCUGGAAUAGAUGUGGAUGCUAUGAAAGCCAUUGCUGCUGCUAGUUCUAAACGAUCUCUUGCAGAAUUUCAAGAAGCUCUAAAAAAGUAUAAGAAGCAGUUGGUGGAAGAUCCUAUUAUUAGAGCUCAUUUAGAUGCAUUGUAUGAUACCAUGUUGGAAAAGAAUCUCUGUCGAAUUAUUGAACCAUAUUCAAAGGUCCAGUUGAAGCACGUUGCUGGUGUGAUUGAAUUACCUUUACCUACAGUUGAAAAGAAAAUGUCUCAGAUGAUUUUGGAUAAAAAACUGAAUGGAAUUCUUGACCAGGGUCAAGGAAUACUGAAGAUUUUUGAAGUCUCUGACAGUGAUAAAACGUAUGAAGCUGCAUUAGAAACUAUUCAUUGUCUUGAAAAAGUUGUAGAUUCAAUUUAUCAAAAAGCUAAGAAAUUAAGUUAGGAAAAUUUUUUACUGGUUCUGUUUGUAUAAAUAUUGUUUUUAAGGAGCUAUAUUUAUUAAGAUGUUGUAAAUAAAACAAGCAAAAACACAUGUUUGAGCUUUUGAAUGAU